GGACUUUUUUUCUCUCCCUCUCUUCUUUAUAACUUACAUGCCUAUAAUGCAAGUGAACUUUUACUUCCUUGUACUCACACGCGGAUAGAGGAACUGGCCGUCCCGCGGCUGGCCCUUUUGUCAACACUUUACAUCCUCUCCAGCUUCAUUUCAUAACUUCAUGAUGAGAUAGAAAACAGGCGGCGAACGUCGCGGGGCUGAGCAGAACCGAACCCAGUCGAGAGCUGCAGAGAUGGCUCAUUCCGGGCAGCAGGGCGAGAUGACCGAGUACAAGAAGAUCCUCAUCAAACGGGACCUGGAGAUGGGUGGGGUCAUGACUGUGUUUCGGCAGAAGGCCGAGCGACUCACUGUCCAGGUGAUCAUGGAGACCCAGCAGGUGGCAUGGACACGCACCGCAGACAAGACUGAUGGCGUCUUGGACCUUCUAGAGAUCAGGGAGAUUCGUCCGGGGAGGAACUCCAAGGACUUUGAGCGCUUUAAGGACGGCAAGGACAAACACGAUGAGCACACCUGCUUCACCAUCUUCUACGGCUCGCAGUUUGUUCUCAGCACCCUCAGCCUCGGAGCUGAUUCUGUGGAGGAGGCCCAGAAAUGGCUGAUAGGGCUUGAACUGCUGAGGGAAGAGGCUCUGGCAGCCCCCACGCCGGUCCUUAUAGAGAGCUGGCUGAGGAAGCAGAUGUAUUCUGUCAAUCAGACCAAGACCAGCAGCAUCAGCGUGAAGGAACUAAAGGCUCUGCUUCCUAUGCUCAACUACAAGGCUCCCAGCUCUCGAACACUCAAAGAAAAGUUGCAGGAAGUGGGAGCAAAGAAAGACCGUCUGGACUUCGAGCAGUUUCAUAAAUUUUACAACCUGAUCAUGUUUGAACAGAAUGAGAUCCUUGAUGAGUUCAAAAAAGAAGCAUGUUCUUUUAUUCUGGGUAACACAGAUAAACCAGAGGCUUCAGUGGUUCUUCUUCAUGAUUUCCAACGAUUUCUCCUUUAUGAUCAAAAGGAGUCCUGGGCCAACGACCUGAACCAGGUCAGAGAACUGAUGACCACCUUUAUUGAUGACACCAUGAGAAAGACCAACGAUCCGGAGUUCACCGUCAGUGAGUUCCUGGGUUUCCUGUUUUCCAAGGAGAAUUCAGUGUGGGACGAGAAGUUCUCGGCGAUCAGCAACCUGGACAUGAACAACCCUCUGUCCCAUUACUGGAUCAGCUCCUCACACAACACCUACCUGACAGGUGACCAGCUCCGCAGCGAGUCGUCCACAGAGGCCUAUGUUCGCUGUCUCCGUCUGGGAUGCCGCUGUGUUGAAUUGGACUGCUGGGAAGGUCCCGGGGAGCCGAUCAUCUAUCACGGCUGGACAAGAACCACCAAGAUCAAGUUUGAGGAUGUGGUCAAAGCCAUAAACGAGCACGCUUUUGUCACAUCAGACUACCCGUUGAUCCUGUCCAUAGAGGAGCACUGCCCUCUAGAUCAGCAGCGGCAGAUGGCUCGGAUCUUCAGAGAAGUGUUUGGAGACAAACUUCUGGUCGAGCCUGUGGAGCACAUGGCCGAGCAGCUGCCUUCUCCCACACAGCUGAAGGGCAAGAUCAUCCUCAAGCACAAAAAGCUCAACGUGGAGGGCGGAGGCACCAGCAAAGACUUCAGGAAAGGCGAGAAACAAGGAGAUCUCGAGAUCUGGGAUCCUGUGGAUCAGCGGUGGAACAAGCACUACUGUGUGAUCUCUGAUGACAAACUGUACUACGCAGAGGAGUAUGAGGAGGAGCAGGAAGACUUAAGGAAGUACCAGGAGCUGCACUGUUCAGAACCGUGGUUUCAGGGCCGCAUGCCGGAGGGCCGGCUGAUGGCCGAGCGCCUGAUCCAUGACUACUGUGCAGAGACGGGGGGGCAAGACGGCGCCUUCUUGGUCCGCCAAAGCGACACGUUUGUCACAGAUUUCACCUUGUCGUUCUGGCGUAAUGGGAGAGUUCAGCACUGUCGCAUCCGCUCCGCUUCUGAGGGGGGGCACACAUACUUUUUCCUGACGCCAAACCUCCACUUCCCCAGUGUGUACUCUCUGAUCCAGCACUACAGGGAAAUGCCGCUCCGCUGCCAGGACUUCGAGCUGCGCCUCAACGACCCUGUACCAAAGCCUGACGCUCAUCUGCAAGAAGGGUGGUUCUACAGUAACCUGAGCAGAGGUCAGGCAGAGGAUUACCUGCUGAGGAUUCCCAGAGACGGAGCUUUCCUCAUUCGACAGAGAGAGGGAGAGCUGGAUUCCUACGCCAUCACAUUUAGAGGUGACGGGAAGGUAAAACACUGCCGGAUCCAGAAGGAGGGAAACAUGUACCUACUGGGCACCACUACAGAGUUUGACAGCCUUGUGGAGCUGGUCAACUAUUUCAAGAAGAAGCCACUGUAUCGCAAGAUCAAGCUACGUUACCCGGUCACACCUGACCUGGUCGAUCGUUUUAGCACGGAAAAAAACUGUGCUUCCCUGUACGCAUCAAAGACGUAUGUGGAACCCAACGAGAUUGAGCCCGCUCUGCCUCAAAAUACGGUUUCGGCUAUAUAUAGCUACCAAGCAAAAAGGCCGGAUGAGCUCAGCUUCGCUCCAGGGGCUUUGAUACACAAUGUUUCCAAGGAGGGCGAUGGAUGGUGGAAAGGUGACUACGGUGGAAAGAUACAGCUAUACUUUCCUGCAAACUAUGUAGAGGAAGUGUCCAACAGCACCCAAUCUGACACUAAAGCACAGCAGGAAAUGGAAGACAACCCACUUGGUGAACUAUGUAAGGGUAUUGUGGAAAUUUCCAAGUGCAAUAUCCAAAACUUGAAGAACGGAAAAAACAAGAAAUCCCAUGUGUUGACCCUGCAAAACAAAGAGGAGGACAAUAUGCAGUUUGAUCUGGCCGCAGACUCUCUGGAGGAGCUGUUCGAAUGGUACCAGGUGGCCUGGGACAUCACUCAGAGAGAGAUGAGCAAACAGUACCACAGGGAACAGGAGAUGAGACAGCAGGUGGAAGUGGAGAAGAAGGCUGAGGUUGCCAUGGAGAUGUCAGACUUGGUGGUCUACUGUCAGCCACGCAGCAAGGAGAAGGACCGCUUUGACAGUUACAGCUACAAAGAGAUCCGCUCCUUUGUGGAGAACAAGAUACCGGGAAAGAGCCGCACCAAGGACUUCCUGCAGUACAACCGCAAAGCUCUGAGUCGUGUCUACCCAAAAGGCCAGCGUGUGGAGUCCUCCAACUAUGACCCCUACCCACUGUGGGCUGUCGGCUGUCACAUGGUGGCGCUAAACUACCAGACUGCAGAUAAAUGUACCCAGCUCAACAGCGCCCUCUUCAGUCUGAGUGGCUCCACUGGAUUUGUGCUGCAGCCGGAGUUCAUGCGUCACGACAGCUACGACCCUAAUCAAGAGAAGAAGAAAGUCAAGUACAACCUUGAAGUCCGGGUGAUUGCAGCUAGACACCUGCCUAAACUUGGUCGCAGCAUUGCCAGUCCGUUUGUGGAGGUGGAGCUGUGUGGACACACAGAGGAGAAGUUUAAGACCGUCGUUUACCGUGAUAACGGUCUGAACCCUACAUGGAAAAGUCCUGCAGAGCCCAUGCUGUUCACUGUGUACGAGCCUGAACUCACAUUCCUGCGCUUCGUGGUCAAUGAAGAGGACAUGUUCUCGGACCCCAACUUCCUGGCUCAGGCCACAUUUCCUAUCAAAGGCAUUCGCUCAGGGUUUCGCUCCGUGCUUCUGAAGAACGGCUACAGUGAAAACUUGGAGCUGGCGUCUUUGCUGGUCUACAUUAAUGUACAGCAAGCAGAGAAAGCAAAGGAGGAUCUGUACACGUCCUCCAAGCAGCUGAAGAAGGAGCAGGCCGAGCACGGCGAGCCCUUCCUGUACGACACGCACAGCAACAUUCAGCGCUCGGUGCAGCCUCGCCAGCAGAGCUCUCUCGUGAGGGAGGCCAGUGAGAGGCACAGCAACAGCAGGACAAAGGAAAAGAAGAUAAACAACAGCAAGUUUUACUCCUGAGGCUUCACCUGUCCACCUGUCUGAGCGGCAAAUCACCAAAACACCAACAAUGACAGCAAUGUAAUGUUACCUAGAAAUGCUAUUUAUUUAAGGAAGGACGUGUUAUGGCUUUAAUGAUUUCACAUGUGUGAAAAUAUGAGAAAGAAAAACCUUCAUGGGAAAUGUUACUGAUGUCCCAGACAGUGGUGUGCAUUUAGUCUGUAAUCAAACUGCAUCAUGUUACAUUGAUGGUAUUUAUUUUUAAUCAAAAAGACUGCGUUUGAAGAGAUAAGGACUUUGCUGUAGUACAGUAGGCCGUUCUGCUGCCGGGGAGCUUGUGUUGAAUUUUUUGUGCAUCUCAAUGUGAAGUGUGACGAACCCAGAGGUUGUUUUUGCUGUUGUUUCACCAGUGUGACUUUUUAUCUCUAAUGUUUUUUUUUGUUUGUUUGUUUUUUUGUUGAAAUCCAAUCAUGACAAUGUUUUCAAUAUUUCAGUGAAGUCAGAUGGUGUUAAUAGAACUUCUAUCAUUUCUCUGUGGUGCCAUCAUUAAUUGAGUCAAUAAAGUGUGGUUAAUGUAACUUG